AUGGCGACUGUCGUUGAGCGUUCCAUGUCGGCCUUCAACGAUGCUUCCACAGAUCAACAGCGGGCACAACGAGGACCUGUCGAAAUUAUCGACGUUGACCUCCUCGCUGAUAACGACCAAUUUACAACCACCUUUCCAAGCCAAUCUCCACGUCCUCAAAGACCACCCGCACCAAAAAGGGUGAGGCGGGUGCCUCUGCCUCGACCAGCUCAAAGGCGUCAAGCGAUUGCAGAGACUAUCUCGAUUGAUGACAGUGAUGAUGAUAUCGUCGUAGAAGGGCCUACUGUGGGGAGCAGCUCUCAACAAUCUCAACCUCGUCGUAGUCGACUGUUCUCCCCUCCUCCCCAAGAUGCGCCUCUCGUGAUGAUCCCUCCAAUGCCCCGUAUCCCACGACAAUAUGCGGACCAAACAUCUUUGCCUAUGCGACGUAGGCCUCCACCUCACCCAUCUCCGCCUGUCGUACGACCUAUCGAGCAACCACUCCCUUUUGAGAUGCCCGCUGCUGGCCCAAGCUCUCCGUCGCGUCGACAACGACGAAUGGCGCCGGUUCGCAUGGAUCGUCAUCGUUCCCCCUACCACAUGCCAGCGAUGAGCCUCGGAGGUGCUCUCCUCUCUGGCGCACGUGCUCGCGCCGCACAGGAACGUUUAGAUGAGCUGCAAGCUAGGACGGCGGCGCCCGGCUUCUUUCGACGUUCACUUGGCCGUUUUUUGGCGCCGCGACUUCCUCAACAAGAUGAAGACGAACGGCUUGCACUUCUAUGGUCCUUACAGGAUGAUGCAAGAGCGGAAAAUUGGCGAGACCAGGUGCUACGUCUGCGGACGUUUGGAACUGGCGUGAGGACGGGCUAUGAAGAGCUACAACAAAAGCCUCGAGAGGAGGAGUAUAAGCCAGAGUACACGCAUCCUACUCCACCGGAGCCAUCAUAUACAUUUGACUUUGCAGUACCGUCUUCGCCUCCCUCAGGUUCCAGGUCUUUUUUCCCUGCUUCAUCAAGGGAUGCCCCUAUUAUUGUUGGCGACGAUGAACCAGAAACCGGACCAUCAUCAUCCUCGAAGCAGUCAGCUCCGUCUGACCCACCAAAGAUUAACGCUCUUCUUAUUUGCGCUUGUUGCUUGGAGCCUUUGGUUCUCAAUGCUGGUCUUUCCCCUGAAGACGCAAAGGAUAGGCGUGUGUGGGGGCUAAGAUGUGGACAUCUCAUUGACGGGAAGUGCCUUGCUGAGAUAGGUCAGCCGCAGCCGGAACAAGCGCCAGCGGAUGUCAAGGGGAAGAGAAAGGCAAAUCCAAAAUCAACUGUGGUGUUGCAACCCUACGGUGAUCAUGAUGAAGCAGGGGCCCGGCCAUCUUGUGAACACAGUAGUUCUUUGCCUCCGGAGAGUAACAGCAUUCGUUCUCGGCUUCGCUCAAGGCCUCACCUCCAAAUGCCCGCUCAACCACAAUCCCAGCCAUCUUCAUCUCAUGCUUCUCCUUCACCAUUUUCGGUCCCUCCGCCCCCUUUACAACCCCCUAAACAGCGUAAACGCCCGGCAAAAACCACCACGGAUAAGAAGCGCAGGAUUGAGGAUACUUUUGCGUGGCCAUGCCCCAUUGCUAGCUGUGGGAAACUUCACUAUAGCGUCAAGGUACUUGGGGUGUGGGGUCCUGAGAAAGAAAGUUUGGUCAAGGGGUCUGAGCCACGGGGCGCUAUUGCCAUAUUUGCGUAA